AUGGAUAACAGUCAAGAGCAGAAUUGCAGUCAUAAUAUUGGGACGGAUAAGAAUAUUUCAAAAAGUACCUAUGAUUACGAUUUGUGCGGAAAAACAUGUACUUCGGUUUCUAAGUUCACGGAAGAAAAACGAAUCAACACCAAUGAAAAGCCCUGCAGCUAUCCCAGAUGUUCGGAUAUACUUCAACAUAAACAUCAUCAUCUCCCGGAACAUGUGCAAACCCAAACUGAUGAAAAGCCCUUCAGCUGCUUCAGAUGUUCGGAAACUUUUUCCAAAAAAUUCAGCCUUGCGAUACACGAGUUGACUCAUUCUGAUGAGAGACUCUUCAGCUGCUCGAGGUGUCCGAAAACAUUUCAACGUAAAGACUAUCUAAUGGAGCACAUGAACACCCAUUCUGAUGAAAAGCCCUUCAGUUGUUCGAGGUGUUCUGAAGCUUUUUCCAAAAAAUUCCGUCUUGCGAUACACGAGUUGACUCAUUCUGAUGAGAGACUCUUCAGCUGCUCGAGGUGUCCGAAAACAUUUCAACGUAAAGACUAUCUAAUGGAGCACAUGAACACCCAUUCUGAUGAAAAGCCCUUCAGCUGCUCGAGGUGUUCUGAAGCUUUUUCCAAAAAAUUCCGUCUUGCGAUACACGAGUUGACUCAUACUGAUGAGAAGCUCUUCACCUGCACCGUGUGCUCGAAAACUUUCACCCGCAAAGACAAUCUUAUGGUACACAUGCGAGCCCAUACCGGUGAGAAGCUUUUUUUUUGUACGGUGUGUUCAAGAGCUUUUACACUAAAAAAGGAUCUCAAGAGACACGAACUGAUACAUACUAGCGAAAGCUCUUUCAACUGCACCGUGUGUUCCAAGACGUUUCGACGUAAAGACUAUCUCACGGAACACAUGAAAACCCAUACUAAGGAGAAGCCUUUUGCCUGUACGGUAUGUUCGAAAAAAUUCGCCCGAAACCAUCAUCUUAUUGCUCACAUGAGAACCCAUACCGACGAGGAACCCUUCAGCUGCAUAGUGUGUUUAAAAACUUUUGCCCAAAACAAAAUUCUUACCAUACACAUGCGAACCCAUACCGGCGAGAGACCAUUUACCUGCACAUUAUGUUCGAAGGCUUUUACCCUCAAACAUAAUCUUAUCACUCACAUGCAACUCCAUACCGGUGAGAGACCGUUUCUUUGUACGGUGUGUUCAAGAGCUUUUACACAAAAAAAGUAUCUCAAGAGACACGAACUGAUACAUACUAGCGAAAGCCCUUUCAACUGCACAGUGUGUUCCAAGACGUUUCGACGUAAAGACUAUCUCACGGAUCACAUGAAAACCCAUUCUAAUGAGAGGGCCUACAGCUGCACAGUGUGUCCCAACACAUUUCGACGUAACGAACAUCUCACGUAUCACAUGAAAACCCACUCUAAGAAGAAGCCCUUCGGCUGUACGGUAUGUUUGAAAGAUUUCAAACAGAAAAAAACUCUGAUGAACCAUAUACAAAUCCAUGAAAGGGAGACUCCCCGAUGCAGCGACGAUGAGUCCCCAUUAACUUUUGCCCACGGCAAUGCAGUUCAUCUCGAAAAACAUCGAGACAUCCACAGCUGUAGACUAUGUCCACAAAUUUUUAGCCAAGAAGAACAUCUCUCAAAGCAUGUGGACAAUGAACACCCGUACGCGUGCCAACCAGUUUGUGGAUACGAGGAAUUUGCGAGGCGCAAGGAACAAGUUCGGAAUGAAAUAGUCAAGUCCCUUCAACGCACCCACAAUUGCAGACUAUGUCCACGAACCUUCAUCCGAGAAGAUCAACUCUCAGUGCAUGUGGACAAUGAACACCCAUACGCGUGCCAACCAGUUUGUGGAUACGAGGAAUUUGUGAGGCGCAAGGAACAAGUUCGGAAUGAAAUAGUCGAAUCCCUUCAACGCACCCACGAUUGCAGACUAUGUCCACAAACCUUCAGACAUGAAGAUCAACUCUCAGUGCAUGUGGACAAUGAACACCCAUACGAGUGCCAACCAGUAACAAUGGGGUUGCCAGAACUGUUGAAUGAACGAAGCUCUAUAAAAGUUACUUCUGCAUUUAUGUAG